CCCCUUCCCGACUCUGCCUUGCUCACAUAGAGCAGCUGUUGCCGUUCUGCUGCUGUCCCAUCCAGCCGUCACCAUGAGCCAGUCCUAUUCCUCCAGCCAGCGGCUCUCCUCAUACCGCCGUACCUUUGGCGGUGGGGCAGUUUCGCCUUCCUUCCCGCGUGCCUCCUUUGGCAGCAAGGGCUCCUCUGCCAGCUCUGUCACCUCUCGGGUCUACCAGGUAUCUCGCAGUGCUGCGCCACCCAGCUUAUCCAGCUUCCGUGCCAGCUACUCAGCUCCCCUGCGUUCAGCUUAUCAAGGUGCUGGUGAGCUCCUCGACUUUUCUCUGGCCGAUGCCAUGAACCAAGAGUUCCUGCAGACACGCACCAAUGAGAAGGUAGAGCUGCAAGAACUCAACGACCGCUUUGCCAGCUACAUUGAGAAGGUGCGUUUCUUGGAGCAGCAGAAUGCGCUCAUGGUGGCCGAGGUAAACCGGCUCAAGGGCAAAGAACCUACCCGAGUGGCUGAGAUCUAUGAAGAGGAGCUGAGGGAGCUGCGGCGCCAGGUGGAGCUGCUGACCAGCCAGCGAGCACGUGUGGAUGUGGAGAGGGACAAUCUACUGGAUGACCUCCAGAAACUGAAGCAAAGACUGCAGGAGGAGAUCCACCUUAAGGAAGAAGCAGAGAACAAUUUAGCUGCCUUCAGAGCUGAUGUUGAUGCAGCCACUCUGGCUCGUAUUGACUUGGAAAGGCGCAUUGAAUCCUUGCAGGAGGAGAUUGCAUUCCUCAAAAAGGUACACGAAGAGGAAAUCCGGGAGUUGCAAUCACAGCUGCAGGAGCAGCAAAUUCAAGUGGAGAUGGAUGUAUCAAAGCCAGACCUGACGGCUGCGCUGCGUGAUAUCCGAGCCCAGUAUGAGACCAUUGCUGCAAAGAAUAUCUCUGAGGCUGAGGACUGGUACAAGUCCAAGGUAUCCGACCUAACUCAGGCUGCCAAUAAAAACAACGAUCAACUGCGCCAAGCCAAGCAGGAGAUGAUGGAAUACCGGCACCAGAUCCAGUCAUACACCUGUGAGAUCGAUGCACUCAAGGGCACGAAUGACUCCUUGAUGAGACAGAUGAGGGAGAUGGAGGAGCGCUUUGCUGGUGAGGCUGGCGGUUAUCAAGAUACCAUCCAGAGGCUUGAAGAAGAGAUCCGACACUUGAAGGAUGAGAUGGCACGGCACCUGCGCGAGUACCAGGACUUGCUCAAUGUCAAGAUGGCUCUUGACGUGGAGAUAGCCACUUACCGCAAGCUUCUGGAAGGCGAGGAGAGCAGAAUUUCGCUGCCCAUCCAAACCUUUUCUGCAAUCAACUUCCGAGAGACCAGUCCAGAGCAGCGGAGCUCUGAGGUCCAUACUAAGAAAACUGUGACUAUCAAAACCAUUGAGACACGUGACGGGGAGGUGGUGAGUGAAGCCAUGCAGCAGCAGCGUGAAAUGCUGUAGAUCCAGACAUCCUCGGAAAGGCAACCGGCCUAUCUCAACCCUCUCCCACCCAUGCACAAAGACAUGGGGCUGCUGACUCUCCUGCAUACCCAUCUCAUGAUGGAACUAUGGGAGAGCCCCACACAUGCAACCAAGUGUAUGAGGCUCUCCCUACACCCAGUCCUCCAAAGCCUCUCUCCUUCUGCUUCCCUUUUGCUUUUUCUGCCCCAGGAGCUGGGGGGAGAGGAGGGGAGCGGAGGGGGAGGACUGACAGAGAGGCCCAGCUCUAUGCCUGUAUAUGUCCAUGUGCAUGCAUUGGAGGGAGGCUUCCUGCCACUGUAGGGUCUGAAGCUCUGGCCACCACUUGCACAUAGAACUUUCACCCAUCCUUACUGCAUCAUUCAUGCACUGACCCAUGCAAACCCUCCCUUAGGUAGCUUCACCCUGAACCUCAGCACAGAAACAGGCCCCUGCUCCCUCCAUGGCACGGCAGUUAGCAGUGACGUUUGGUCUGCAGGCCAUGGAGGGACAGGAGAAGGGGAGGGAGGGAAAGAGGUUGUAGCCCAGAGCAUGAGGAUGAGCCAUCUGCCCAGCCUUGCCUCCGGGACCAAAGCCACAGAGCACCCCUCCCCCCAGUGGAGCGGGACUCCUUGCCUGGGGGUUGGCAGGACUUCUCUUGCUUCAGUGAAGAUUCCUCCCUCUAGCUGAGCAAGUCUCCUUAUCUUGCCUUGCCAUUUGAGGUGAAGGUGGACCCUUCCACCUAUGUAGGGCUUCCUGCCAAUGCAGUGGCAAGAUGAGGAAUAGAACCCCAGAUGCUGAAGUGCUUUUUUAAAAAAAUCCCUUGUGAUUGGGGCUUGGCCUCAAACAGGAUAAAUGCGCCACCCUUGCUGCAAAGUAAAGCUCAUAGUCUGGAAUGUGGCCCAUGAGGGUCAACAAGGAGGAGGAAGAGGACUCCAAGGACCCGAUGCACCCAUUUGAGGCUCCCUUGUCUUCUCCCCAGAUCUUAAAUCUGUCCUGCAUGGGGUGCCACAAGGGGCUGUUGAAGGGAGUUGGACAAGAUAAGAGAAGAAACUGGCAGGUGACGGAUAGGGGGGAAAGAGAGAGGAAUAAAUUAUGGGUGUGAGAGGAAGAGGAGACGGAGAGAGAGGCUGCUAUGCCCCUGACCCUCCCACUUAACACAUACCUGGCUCUGAUUAAUAAAGUAUGGAGCACAAAAAAA